UGCUACAUUGCCGACUAGCUGAUAGGCAGUGCCGUCAACCAGACCAUCUGCGCCCAUACUGAAAUAUCGGUCUCCUCGUCGCCGAAGCGUAGGCAACAACAGCCGUGUGCGCUGGAUUCCGAGUAAAGUUAAGUUUCCGAGCGAGAGGAUCUGAACCGGGAUCAAGAGACCCACGCUGUCUCUCUUGUUGUGUCCUUCUCGUCUUCCAACACAACACGCAUACGCAAGGAUCAACAGCACAUCGAUGAUGUCUACGAAGAUGCGGCCCCUUGUGGGCAUGCUCAGCGGUGGGCGUGCAAGCGUGCUGACAGCAAGAGCAGGAGCUGGGCUAAAACCUGGUGGCGCUACUUCAACGAUGUUGAACUUGGCGGCAGCAACAAGGGGGAUCAAGGUUCUCGGCAACUCGAGAACCGAAAAGCAUCUCCUCGAUGAGUUCAGGAGCGUGAAGGGACCGCAGUCAGAGGAGAUCUCUUGGAAGAAACGGCCGCUUUUUCGGCCGGGCCGGGGCGAAGGCUUCUUCCGCACGGGAGCAGAGGCCGCCGACAUGCUGUACGCCGAGGCGUUACGGUUCGGACCCCACGAUCAGAUCUUCCUUGACACCGUAAGAGACGUCCUGGACUCCGUCGCUCCCGUCAUCGACCGCUGGCCGCAGUACGCUUGGGUGGCCAAGCAGCUUCUGGAAGCGGAGCGGGCGUUAUCCUUCCGGGUGGCCUGGCUGGACGACAAGGGCAUCAUCCGCGUCAACCGCGGGUAUCGCUACCAGUACUCGAGCGCGCUAGGGCCCUUCGUGGGACCUCUGCACUUUUCGAAGGAGCUUACGGCGGCGGACGUGAAGGCUCACGCCUUCGACCUGGUCCUGAGCAACUCUCUGUCGGGCCUCAAGGUCGGCGCAAGCGUCGGAGGAGCAGAUUUCAACGUCCACGACAAGAGCGAAGCAGAGAUCCAGAGGUUCUGCCAGGCUUAUAUGUCGGCGAUGACCAAGCACAUCGGGACCGAGGUGGACUGCCCUUCCAUGGGCUUGUGCGUCGGCCCCCCCGAGAUCGGGUACCUCUACGGGCAGUACAAGCGCAUGAGCCUCGACGCGUCUCCGAUCGGAAGGGGCCUCCUGUGGGGCGGCGCUGUGCCCCACCCGGAGUGUGCGGGCUACGGCGUGGUUUACUUCGCGGAGAAGGCGAUGCGAGGCCGGGGCGAGUCGCUCAUGGGAAAGCGGUGCAUCGUUACGGGAAGCGGCAAGGUGGCCCUGCAUGUCGCGGAGAAACUUCUCGAGCUGGGUGCCACUCCGAUGACGUUCACAGACAGCAGUGGACACGUCUUCGAGCCAGAGGGUUUCGACGUCGAGAAGUUCAAGAAAAUCGCCAAGAUUAAGCAGGAGAGAGGAGCACGAGUUGGAAGGUACAUCGUCGCUUCCCCCUCCGCAAAGUACAACGAGCCGCAGUCGGUGUUUGACGCACCGGCAGACGUGGCAUUCCUCUGCAGGACCUCCAACGAGCUUACCGAAGUGGAGGCAAAUGCGCUGGUCGCGAGCGGCUGCAAGACCGUCGUUGACGGGGGGUACCGGCCCGUGUCGACGGCUGCGGCUGAGGUUCUCAAGAAGAACGGGAUUUUCCACGUGCCGUACCGCGGGACCAUGAUUGGCGCCGCCAUCAGCGGGGGAAGGGAGUUAGACCGCAACCCUCUUCAGCCCGGAGAGACCAUAGACGACAGGCUCGAGAAGAAGAUGGACGAGGUCUACGAGGUGGCGUCAUCGGUUGCCAGGGAGUUCAACCAACAAGGAAACCUUGACAAGGGGUGCACCAUAGCGGGUUUCCUUCGAGUAGGAAGAGCAAUGAUGGCUCACGGCGCCGUCUAAGCGUACCACCUUCCGAAGGGCACAUACAUUCUCUCUCCCGCCUGGCCGAACGCGGGCCAGUUUUGCGUGUGUUGUUUAACAGCAGCGUGCUGAAGAGUUUUCCUCCCCUUUUCUUGCUGUACCCCUCCUCACCCAUUCCCCUGCACGGGAUUGGGAUGAUACCAUACCUUGAUAUCGGUCGUUCGUCUGUGGUGAAGUGAUCUCGAGCCUCGGUUAUAGCGCCGUUAGUACAUCAUGUAGAAAAUAUGACGCCAUCGUUAAAGAACUCCUGAGUUGGAAACAUCGGGAUUCGAACAUAGCGACCGUAUGCACAGGUGUUCAGCUAGGGAUUCUAUCCUAAGAUUAUAUAAAAGCGCGGUUGGUCACCCUGCAAAGAAACGAGCCUCGGCCACAAUAAGAUGCUUCGGAGUGGGACUUCUGGAAUCUGCCAUUUUUGGUCAAGCCUUCGUCGUGUUGGGUUUUAUUUGUGGCGUUCCCGAAGGUAUUUGUUUUAGGGACGUGGUAAACAAACCGGGUCCGGGAGCAGGCGAGCGGCGGUUUUCCCGCCAUGUGUAAAGAUGUCUGGCACGAGCAAACCAAAACGGUUAGGUGCUACAACGCCGCCCUUGUGUUCCCCGUUUACGUGUCGUGGAUGUGGCCAUGGGGGGUUGUUCGCCCGACGCAGCGAGUGUUGCGAAACUCCUUGGUUUGUGUUCGUACGCUUGUUUCGCGAGUAGAAGUACACGAUGGCGAUUAGGUUGCCGUGUGUCCACGGCUGUUUCCCUAAUUGUUUUUGUUUUAGUACUUCGAAGAAGAUGACGCGAUUAAGUCCGAGCACAGACAUCUAAUGCGGGUUGUUGCUGCUUCU